AUGGCACCCCAAAAAGAUACUAAUGUUAUUCCUGCCAGAGUGAGAUUAGCCCGGGCAGCAAAAGACAAUCCGAAAACAUCAUCUGAACCUGUCCCAAAGACUACGCCCCAAAAGAUUAAGAAAACUCCAGGUCGUUCAAAGAAAUCCGUUCCUGAGAAGAUAUCCACUUCAGAGACAAGUUCGGCUCACAAAGGAAAAGUAAAAGGACGAGCAGCAACUACGGGGGAGCCCUCGAGAUCUACUUCUAAUGAUCAAAUAAUACGUCAAGAAGCAACCUAUCCGAAUCCAUUCUCCACAGAAAGCUCUCGUAAGAACACCGCAGCUUUGCUUUCUCAAUGGGAUUCCACCAAGUCCCCAGCUUUCAAUUCACCAAGUUCGCGAAAUGGGUUGGUCAAUGGAACACCAAAGUCUAAGUCGCCAAGAUCUGCGAGAUCCAAGCAUGAUAGAACAUGCUCGAUGACAGAUAAGGCGCACAUUGCAAUUCCCCCACCAUCUUCGAAAGACAGAGGAGAGCAGACCUCUCAGCUCUUCGAUGCCAACAAACAACAACGCUUGAGUUCCCUAGCGGAAGGAAAGUUCCCCGAUCCGACUUACCCACGGGCGAGUAUAUCCACUGGAACGGAACCUUCUCCGGGGUUCAAUGCCGCCAUGGGGUUCAGAUACUCUCCAGGAUUUGGGGGACCGCAUGGCUUCAACACGAGUCCAAGAAACCAAUCUGUUUUUAACCUGGCGCGAAAUAGUUCUAUAAUACCAGGAACUGGAGUUCUAUCAUCCUCAGGGAAAACAGCAGACCAAACUAACCCCGGUGCUGCUGCUGAUACUAGCCGCAGUUUUCGUGCUGAUGGAGAGGGACUUAGUAUUUCAUCAUCUAAGAACGUACCUACAGCUCCAGCUGGAGGGUUCCCGCAAUAUUCCUCAGGGUUCAGCCCGCAAUAUCCUCAGACUAUGACGCAGUAUUCAGACUUUUCUUCAACAAACUGGCCCUAUUCAAUGGAUUGGAAUCAAAAUAGGUUUUCAGGGCAGGUACACACAGUACCUCAAUCAUUAGGAUCGUAUGGACCGUGGUUUGGACCCGGACACCCACGAGACUUCGAUUCCGAAAAGCAAGACUGGUAUGCUGAUUGGAUGGCGUCGCAGCAAAACUUUCCUUCAAUGCCAGGCUACCUUUCCAACCCGAUGAUGGGUUACUAUCCAAUGCCAGAUUUUGAACAUGCUACUGUAAAUAUUCCACACCACACGGCUUUCGGGCUGGACCAAGCUGCUCAGGAUGCCACGGUGAUUGACGAUCCAGAACCCCAGGGUAUCAGAGAAAGUAGAAUGACACGGGAGAAAACCAUGCUUGUACCAGGCGGAAAGAUAGUCAAAACAACGACAACUGUAUUUACGCCCACCGACGAAGAGAAAAAUAAAGAGGGCAAACAGGUUGAACAGAAUAUAGAAGACAAAGUCGGUAUAGUCGUAGUAGACAAAGAGGGCAAUGUUGAUGUCGAGUCUGGAGAUUGGCUAGCGGGGUUCAACAGAAUCGAAGGAUGGGAGAUCGAAGCUUUGCUCGGACAAAGUAAAAGGUGGCGAUCUUAUAAAAAUCGGAAUGGAGUUACGAAGAAAGUCAUUACGAAGAAACUAAAUCAUAAAAAACAUCCAGCCUCAAAGAAAGCUAUUGCUCCGUCACAACAACCAGUCUUACCCCAGCUGCGUCCAAACACCCCCCAAUUUACAGGAUUCGCGAUUCCCAAGUUUGGAACUCUCAAUAACUCUAUAUCCAACCCCAUAUCACACUCUAUAGACUUCAUCCCCUUUGAUUCGCCGCCCCUUGCCAACACAAGGUCCGCUCGAUCACGAGCCACACUUGUAUCAAAGCCAAAGCCUCAACCUAUCAAAAAGGCAGCCUCAAAGGAAGCCCCCUCGAAAGUUAAAUCCAAAACACCAAUACCGAUACCUAAGCUCAAAGCCGCCGCCAGCAAAGUCACCAAGCCACCCGUAACUCCAGCUCGUAGCCUACGUUCAACCGACUCCCCUUCCAAAGCGAAAACAUCUGAGGUUAAACCUGCUACCAAAAUCAGUCCCUCCAAAUCCAAAUCCUCAGCAGCAAAAGAAUCCACUAAAGCUAAAGCUGCCGGCAAACAAGCCGCCGCGAAGCAGAAGAAAAUGCAAAAUGUCAUUAACCAAGGGAAGUCUCCCAAUUCUGCAGUGGAUUCUAUCGGCAAUGGCGUCAACCUCAUCAACGGCUUUACACGCAACACCGCAGAGCUACAGAAAGAAGUCCAACGUGAUCAAGCUCUUGCCAGUCAAGCCGCCGAAAACCUAGAGCGAUUCCGCGGAAAAGGCGCUGAGCAAGCUUCCCAGCAUUUUGAGAAGCUCAUAGAGAAUGUUGAGAAAGGGCGCAAGGAACUGGAAAGGCGUAAUAAGAAGCCCAAUCCAUGA